AUGCACGUCCCUGAUCCGGUGGUUUCCAUGUCAAUAGAGCCUAAGGAUCGACAUUCCGUGGAAAAUUUCACUAAGGGUUUGGCUCGUUUUGUUCGUGAGGACCCCACUUUCAAAUGGAAGCAAGACACGGAGAGUGGCCAAUCAAUUAUCUCCGGAAUGGGGGAGCUCCAUCUAGAGAUCUACUCCCAGCGUCUAGAACGUGAAUACAAUACUCCUUGUACUCUUGGGAAGCCAAAAGUCGCCUUUCGGGAAACUCUUCUCGAGCCAUACAAGUAA